AUCGCCGGGUCACAGAGAUACAGCGACGGAGCGUCCUGGCAUUGAAUAAUCCAUCAUUGGAUCAGCAGACAACUGACAGCUGCUUCGUGCCGGUGCAAAGACGCUCUCCAGUCAAGGGUGGCUCGUGUGUACUCCGGCUCCUGCUGCUAGUAUACCGUCCUGGGUGUUGCCGCAGGCAAAUUUCGGUCAGCAGACGCGGCAGGAGCAACUCCUUCAAUCUAGAUUGAUACUUUUUUCAGGUCCGAGUGGCUCCAGUACGACACCAAGGCUGCCAGUCGCGCGCCACUAACCACCACCGCCGUCUUAUCCUGAAAUACUGCUCUAAUGACGAGCUUCAUCGAGAGCAAGGUGAACGAAAUCUGUGGGCGUUGGCUGGACGGCUUCACGAAGGACAAUGUCGAUGUUUCCCUCCUGCAGGCUAAGAUCACACUCUCCGACCUGCACUUCAAAACGGACGAGCUGUGUCUUCUGUCUCCAACCUUUGCGCCUUCUUUCUUUUAUGUGGGGAAGCUGUCCAUCGAUAUCCCCCUCGCCUGGAACUUUUCUCGGCCGGUCAAGAUGGCAGUGUCGGACGUGUUGGGUGUCAUCAGAGUAUGCGAUCACGGGAGCAUGCAGGCUGAGGAUGCGCGAAGGAGCAUAAGCGCGAAUGUCCACGUGAAGGCAAUCUUAAGCAAGCUGGCGGAUGAGCUGGGAGGAGGCGGAGCAGACGAGGGCAAGAGACCAGCGCGAAUGAACCUUCAGACCGCCAACAACUUGCACAAGGUGAUGCGGAAGUUGGAGGUUACCGUCAAGAACGCACACGUGAGAGUCGAGGAGCCUCGCCGAGAUGUGAAUGACGAGAGCAGCUCACGCCAAGGCUGUUCCUCCCCUGCGGUAGCGUUCGGGGUGUGCUUGCGAGGCAUAUCGUUGGAGAUGGACGAUGCAGCGGACGUGAAAGCGGACGGGGGCUUGGCUGGAGAGAGGUGGCUCGGGAAGAAAUUUCGUGCGAUGGAGACUGCUCUUCUGGGAAAUAUCUCGCGGUAUGACGCCGUGGAUGGAGCUCUGGACGCACACAGCAACGAACAAGGUGACGCUCAAGCUCAUGGUCGAGGUGACAGCGGAAGCGAUGGUGUAGAUGACGCUAGCGGCGAAAAGGCGGCUUCCGAUGAAUCGACAACCUCGUCGACCUUGGCAGUUACCAAGUUUGCCAGCGUGCGCGGUGCCUCGGUGUACUUCUGCCGCAAUGAGGAGUGCUACAGCGCAACCGACAGAGAGGAGACCUUGCGCAGGCUGAGGGAAGACUUGAGGAGCCCCCCGGCAGCACUGCCGCCGCUCCUCAGACGGUGUAGGGGUGGUGUCGGCCUCAGGGUUGUGCUUUCUGCGAAGGAGUGGGGCAAGAUAGAGUCCAUGGAUAUUCGGCUCCUGGCCGGUGACAUCAACGUGCAGGUUGGAGAUGACCAGCUGGGAUACCUGCUUAGGUGGGCCUCACUGCUGAACGGGCACAUGCGGACGCUGGCGCUGUGCGCUCUUCGGCCCGCGAGGGACUUGGUACCCGCGACCCUACCGAGCGAUAGCUGUGGGCGUAGCGACAAAUCGCGGUACUAUCAAGCACUGUGGAGGCUUGCGGUGGGCGUCGUGCUGCGGGACCUACGGUCAUCUGCAUGGCAGCGAAGCGAAAACGCGAGGAACAAUCUGCAGUCCGCGCAGGCGGCGAGGAGCGAGAUUUUCGACCGGCCUUGGAGCACCGAGGAGAGCGAGUACAGAGCUGCCCGCGGGCUGCUGUGGCGCACGUGGUUCGCUGAGUGGGUUGGGGCGGCACGAUAUCUGUCGUUGAGGCAGCUCUUGCAGACAAGGCUCGUGGUGGAAAACUUCUCAGACAAGUCGGGCGGGACCCACAACAGGCUCUACGAAGACCUUCUCCUACAGUCGAGCACACAGAAAGUGACGAAGAGCAGCGGCGCCACGGGCAAGCGUACCGGAGAGAGAAAACUGGCCAGGCGAGUCAAGUACCUCAUGCCGUGGGAGCUUCCACAGGAGGACGUCCAUAAAGCCUGGGGUCUGAUAAACAGGGAAACUCGGCGUUGGGAGUUGCGGGAAGCAGGAGGGUUCAAGCUUGCCAUCGAUGAGGAACGGGCGGACCAGGGGCAGCUAGAUCCAGCCGUGCUGCAGGCCUUGUGGUCGAUACAGCUGCAGCUUGACGCGCAGCUGCCCCACCGGGUCUGCGCGUUUGCUCGGCGAAUGGCAUUCCUCCGCGUUGGCUGGCGGAGUAGGAUCGACAAGCUCUGGCAAGCCCGCGCGGAGAAGCAGCGCCGCCUUGGACUAGGAGUCGGAGACCCGCCGGCCCCGCCCCGCCUGACACUCAACGACUCGAUUUCUUUCACGGCUAGCGAGGCGGGAUUCAUGGGCUUGUCUGAGGCCGAAAGUAACGAGGCGGCCGAAACCACUGUGGUGGAAGAAGCAGGAGAUGGAGCGGACCGUGUGGGAACGCUGUUGGUCCGCAUGGGACAGCUGGAUGGGGUGGGUGGGGUCGGCCUGCUGUCCCUGGCUCCAAAAGCGAUCGCGACGUUGAUGCUGGAAGACAGCAGUGCCACCCUGGAGGAAAUGAAUCUUGAGACUAACUCCACAGAGGUUGCGAAGUAUGAUCACAAGAACGAGCGCUGCUGUUGGCACGAGACUUUCCGUCUGCAGGUGGAGCUGAGCAAAGAUUACGUGCACGAUCUCCGUAGGGAGCGGAUGAAGAGACACCGGAGGGCAUUGACCAGCGGCAGCUGUGGUGACAUGCUGAACAACAACAACAGCAACAUCAGCCCUAUACCAGACAGGGACGGCCGCAUGAAAGAUGCCAGGUUGACAAGCGUGCGGGAUUUCAGUGCCAGUCCCAUGCAGAGCCCCAGCGUUGAUCGCUCGCAAAGCGUACGGGUUCCAAGCGCCAGUCCCAGUCCCAUGGAGAGCCCCGGCGUUGAUCGCUCGCGCACUGACAGCAUGGAGAGCUUGCGAUCUCAGAUGGUCGAGGCUGUGCCUCGCAGUAGCUUCCUGCUGUCCGUAACAUGUCUCGAUAAGAGCGUCUUCGGGGUGACUCAGCUGGGGACAAUGACCCUACCUGGCAAGCAGCUCACGUCCAUUCCGCUCAAGGUUCUGGAGCACCGCUGUGCCCUUUUCUCGCCGGCAGCAGUGAGCCGGCAGCCUCGCGAGUUGACUAUCGAGACCAUCUUCGUACCGCCCGGCGAGGACGUGGCCCUCGCCGAGCAGGAGCUGAGUGCCAUCGGAAAGCGACGACGCUUGCAGGAAAAACUGGACAUGGCCACAUCCAAGCCAAAGUCAUCCUUCCGCCGAAAUAAGCCUGCCCGCGAGUACCCGGCGGCGCUCGACGCGUCCGCGAAGCCGCAGCGCACGUCCCUCGAUAACGUGGGGGAGCGCGAAGUCAAGGUUCUCUCGUUGGUCACUGGUUCCGCGGACAGCAGCAGCAGUCGAGCCAACGAAGAGCCUGCCGCACAUGGCACCGAGGACAAGGCUCGUAGUGCACAGCGGAGCAUCCCGAUAGUGGACAAGCACACGCCGGGAACGGUAGAGAUCAGCAUGCGUGCGGCCGGGGUGACGGUGGUGACCUAUAUUGUCUCCAGCGCGUCGUUGGCGCGGGAAGAAGGCGGACGGGGAUUGUCGCAACAAGAUGUUGUUGUGACGCUGACGGAAGCCUCUGCCCGGCAAAUUGAGGCUUGCGCCAAGAUGGGAAUUGUCCGCGGCACGUUUGCGGUCGCCUUGGAGGCCGCCACAAUACAGCUUUUGGACAAGAGCCUUUUGCGAGCAGCACCAACAAAGACAGGAAGCCCUUUGCCCGCGGAACCGGAGGACGAGGAGGCGAACGCCCCCCACCCACAGCUGAUGAUGGUGGGACCUGUGGGUGCUGCUAUAGCUUCAACGCGGUACGUUCGAGUGUACGAGCACGUGUCACCUUGGUCGAACGACGAUGAUCCAGGGAUGGGUGCGCCGCCCGAGGCCCACACGACACCAAUGCCGCCAGCGCCAGGCAGUCAGUUGUCGAGCUACCAAAGAGGCCGAAUCGACAACAACGCUUCAGCCGAUGGGCGCGAUCCACAAUUUCGGGAUGUAUUGGGGACGUGGCCGAUGUGGGACUGGAGGGGUCGUUUCACAAUCGGGGCGUACACGGUAGAGCUCGGCAAGCAUCGUGAUCGCCCUGGUAUGGAAGAGGUGUGGAGACAUUUGCGUUUUUCCAUGCCCAAGUCGGCGCUAGAAGACACGCAAGUCCUGCACGGUGGCACCAUCAAUCCCUUUGGAGGUGCACGGAGCUCGAUGUGGCUGCUGAGGGCUGGAGCGAGAGGUCUUGGCCUGGAAGUGCAGAUGCCCAAGCACGAGGGAAGCGAUGUUCCCCACCACGCAUCGCCCAAACCGUACGUGUACGUGAGCUCAAGCGAAAGCGAGACGUGCAGCCCACCGCUUUCGCCAACAGCCCUGUCUCCACCGUCACCAGCAGCCAACGGCGUGGGAGCAGGCGGGGCAUCUUCCAGUGCCCCGCCGCAUUUGAGCCGGGAAGCAAGCGUCUAUUUCCCUUCAGCCCAAGAAGACGACUCUGCCGAAUGCGUUGGGGGUGGCGUCGAAGAAACCGACAACCCUCCGACAGUGACCAGCCCAUCGGUUGGGGAGGGCACAGUGAGGGACGAGGGCGUUGAAGGCGACAGCGCCGCACUAGCUUUUGGCGAGCCUGAUCCACAAACGACGCCGAGCAACGAAGAGCUUGUGCGGCGGGUGCAUGAGCUGGAAGCAGAGCUCAAGGCUCUGAGAAUGUCGGCGGCAGCGGCGGUGGAGGCGGCGGCGAAGACUGUGGCAGCGGCACAGGCAGCGGCGGUAACGGCUGCUACGAUGGGCUCCUCAACUCACGGUGUUGAGGCAGGGAUUACUCAUGCCCCAGAGACUUGAUGGGGUCGGGCACUGUCACUGCGGCAUCGAUGCUGUAAUUGCCACGUUUGAUGGUUGUGUUUGGUAGUUUUAGGUUGGUUUCGUUUUAUAUGUAGUAUCAAGGCAAUGGUGCAUGGCUUUCAAGAAGGCGAUCGUGUGUUUUUGUUCGGAGAGGAGAGACGAGAGGUGAACCACGUGCCGUGGUGUCGCCCUCUUUUGCUUUGCGCGGAGACCCGUUUCAUUUCUGUUUGUGUAGGAUGGCGCAGAAUGACGGGCGUCUAGAAACCCCCCCUACUUUAAAACUGACGUACACCUCACCGUACCCUGCACGAUUUUGUAGAUUGUCCGGCUUUGACGUGUCAUGAUUCGGCAGAAGGUACUCCGAAAACCUGUGGUAUGCAUAGUUUGUGGACGCCUCUCUGUGACAAAACAAGGGUAGAUACACGUGUACCUGGACCCGUGCUUGGAAAUAGCUGUGCGUUCCUACCCCGUUUGAAGUGAUGGUGGCACACGUUCACCCAGGGCUGGCGCGUAUGUUCCUAAUCCAUUUCAUGUUUACGGCAUAGAUUGCUUUUUGUGUUCUCGAAGUUUUCUACAGGAUUUUGUCUAGAACGAGCUUGCGGAGAAUCCCGCGCAAGGGGGGUUGCACAGACGGCGUUGGCGGUGCUGCAAAGGCACUUGCGCAACGUGUUACGAUGUAGAUGUUACUGUGCGUUGAUCGGCUGGGUUGUACAAGGCUGGGCGGGGAUCACGUACUUGUUUCGCUGUUUGCGAUAUGUUUGUAGAUGGUGGCCUAUGGGCCAGCUGUCAGAACGUUUUGGCCGAGAGCGCAACGUUAAGUCUCCCGGGGGAAUACGGUAUGCAUAUAUAUGUGCGGAGCCCGGUUAUCUGGUCACACUUCCACGAGAGAAUAGUUGCGCUUUGAGGCGUGCUAGACCCAGCGUAUGCUAGUACUUUGAAGGCUUGCACAUUCAUGUGGCAAGUCUGCUGUGCCUGGUCAGCCGUGUUCGGUGAUGAUGAUAUGUGUUGGAUUGAGUGCUAUGUCAGGGAAUGAAGCUUUCCCCCUUAUCCGGUGAUGUUCGAUCCCUUUCCAGCUUAAAAGAGAGAGAGAGAGAG